AAUUGUGGAAGUGAAUUUUUAUAGGUUGGCAGCUCUGUAGAAGUGAUGUGUAUCUGUCAUCCUUUUCUGUGAACAACUGGGUCAUAUUAGUAUGAGAGUGACUAUUCACACAUAAGGAUUUUUAAGAUGUCCUUCCUAACUCCCUAGAAGUAAUUUGUUAAAUCUGUAGCUGUGAAUUGGGCAAGGCUCUUUUGUUUACUGAUAAAUACAUUUCAGGGAGACAUUUCUGCUUAGUUUUUUUCUAUUUCUUCGUGCACGCAAUCAUUUUAAAUGAGCUUAGAUUUUAAUUAUUUUAUCUGUAGAACAGGAGGUAUCUUAUAUGUUUCUCUAACAACAGGGGAUCACUCCAAGAAAGACCAACCAGUGAGUUUGGCAACAUAUUCUGUGUCUGAUGAUAAGCCAUUUGGCUCCGAUAACCAAUCGUCCUUUCUGGAGGUCAGCUGGCCUUUUCAUCUCUGCUGCUGCCUCUGUGGUCUCACUCUGCUCCAGCUGCCCAAAGGAUGACCCCGUAGGGAAAAGGUCUCCUGCACACAAAAUCUGCAGGGGACAAAUUGUUGAGAUGAUACUGCUUUCAAAAUGGAAGUGGAAAAUGGAGGGUUUCUUUCGUGCUUUGUAAUUUUUCUCAGGCUUUCACUUUGCUGAAGAAAGGAUAAUUAAGCCUUGUUAUAUGUCCUUUAUAUCCUUUAUGUGCAAUUUCUAAAAAUGUACACUACCUUGAAAUGGAUAGUCUUAAUGUAAUAUUCAUGCUUGUUUUGUGGCCUCAGAAAGCAGAAUAGUUAUUGUUGACUGGCUCAUCUGCCAGUCAGCACUUGUUUGGGUGCCGUUUAGGGGGAUGAUGUCAUAGGAGCGCAGGAGGAGUGUGCAGUGAGAUGCCAUGGCGUGUUUUAUUGGACUGUGAUACCUCCCCAAGAGGGUCUCCUCACCAUCAAAGCUCCAUUAAAUAUCUAUUAUCUCUGCAGUAGGCUUGUGGCUCUGCCAGUAUGGAUUCUUUAACCAAUUAAGCACUUAAAUGGAGAGCAGAAUGCAUACUGAGAAAGAUGACCAUUCUUGCACGAUCCUUUUUACGCAGGUUAUGUCUUUACUACUACUGGAAUACUCUCUAUGUUUGUGAAGAUCUUAGAAAAAUCUAAGCAGAAAGUUUGUUUAAAAGUUGGAUUAUUUUUUUAUCUCAUGUCCUGUCUCUUCUGUUUUGAAAUAUGCCUGACUUUGUGUAGAGUAGCCCGCUUCCCUCAAAUUCAGAAACUACUCAUCAGUUCCCUUCACGAGUACCCUCCUUAAACUGUCAUUGUAAGAUUAUCCUCUUGGAUCAGGCAGGGGGUCUAGGGUUUCAAAACCAACUGUUUAUUUCCCAGGCUGGAGGUGGCAAGUUAUAAAUAACUCCAAACACAGACGUACCGUUAGUGAUCCUUACUCAUGGCAGAGCCAUGCAUAGAUUUCACAGGGGUGGGAUAUUAAUUUUGCUAAACGGAUCAGAAGUCAAUUUAUGUCAUGUAAACCGUGAAUCAGAAUAGUGUUUGGCUGCGCUCUCUUUGCGCAUGCCCUGUCUUGUCUUAAAUGCUUGGUGACGUCAUUGUUUACACAUGUAAAUAUGGCGGCUUCCAACCAGAGCUCGUAACCGGAGAUCUUAUUAACUACCAACUUGUAAAUUGUUUUUAUCGAGCUCUUGUUUUAAUAAAAGUGGAAAAACAUAAUAAACCCAACUACUGUGCCAAGUAGACGACUGACCUCGAUCUUGAUAAAUGUGACGUUUACGUCGAUGUGCGCAUGUCACAAGGCUGUUCCGAUUAAAUGUAGUGCAUGUGUAUAAACCUGAUCGGAAUACAUCACGCCACAUGUAAACAGUGAAUCAGAGAUUUUUACUCAGAAUGAAUUCAAUUGGAAUUACAUAAAUGUCGGCAUGUAAACUCGGGUAGUAGGGUUAGGCAUCGAGAACCAAGAACCGAUUGGAACCGGGACUAAUGUUCCGGUUCUCCCGGAAUUGUUCAAAUAAAAAAAAAUUAUGUUGCCAGCUUCAAUGCCUUACAAUCUGUCAACCCCGAAGAAGAGCGUGGCGAAAACCAACUAAAAAAAACGUGCACGAAGAUGUGCUUGUGCCCAACGGCGGCGGCGAACAGAAGUGUGUCUUUGUUAAAAUUAAUGACCAGUCACCUCAGUGCAACACUUGGAAUAAGAUUAUAUUGUGCAAAGUAGGCUCUCAUGAUGUGUAAGAAGUUUGACGUGCUCCCUCCCGCUCCGAGCCUCAGCCUACACCUCGCGGAGCUUCAGUGAAGUCAAAUUCGCUGCAGCAGCAGCGUAAGUGUGUGUGUGAGCCACAGCGACAAAGAUGACUGAGUAUAAACUGGUGGUGGUGGGAGCUGGAGGCGUGGGCAAGAGUGCACUCACCAUCCAACUCAUCCAGAACCACUUUGUGGAUGAAUAUGACCCCACCAUAGAGGACUCGUACAGGAAACAGGUUGUGAUUGAUGGAGAGACCUGCCUGCUGGACAUCCUGGAUACUGCAGGUCAGGAGGAAUACAGUGCAAUGAGGGACCAGUACAUGAGGACAGGGGAGGGGUUCCUCUGCGUGUUCGCUAUCAACAACACCAAGUCGUUUGAGGACAUUCAUCAAUACAGAGAACAGAUUAAACGUGUGAAGGACUCAGAUGAUGUUCCCAUGGUGCUUGUGGGCAACAAAUGUGACCUCCCGGCACGCACGGUGGACACAAGGCAAGCCCAGGAACUCGCCCGUUCCUACGGCAUCCCUUACAUUGAAACCUCUGCAAAGACACGACAGGGAGUAGAGGAUGCCUUCUACACACUGGUCAGGGAAAUUAGGCAACACAAGCUGAGGAAGCUGAACCCACCGGAUGAGAGUGGUCAGGACUGUAUGAGCUGUCGCUGUGUGGUAUCGUGAUGAAGCUCCUCUUUGCAGCUUGGAAAGAAAUACUACAGCACAAGAAGUCACAGCAUGGACUUGAAAAUAGGAAGAAAAAACUGAAUGAUGAAAAUUAAAUAAAAGAUUGCCAUUUUGGUCUUGCGAGAAGAAGCUGAACCAGAGCCCUUUUUAUGGAAAGGAGGAAUUAGACUGACUGUUGCCUAUGUGGCUGCCUGAACAAGUUUGGCCAGCCCUUUUCUUUUUGUUUUUGUUUUUUGUUUUUGCCUUCUCCAUGUUGACCUGCAAGCAACACCACUAAUCACUAAAAUCAAUCCCAGCGUUGUCUUGCUGGGUAACUAACUUAUUUUUUUUCAGUCUCGACACUGGUCCUACAGGGGACGCCUUGAAUUCCAACCUCCUUUCACCUCACCCUAAAAUGCUCAUUCCACUUGUGCCCUUGUUUCGCACUGAGCUUGGGUAGGCAUUAGACAUUUGUUUGCUCUAUAACCACUUGUGUAACCCACUUCAAAAAAAAAAAAAAUCUGACUACCUCCCUUUUAAAGGUGGAGGCUGACCUGGGAAUUUGUAGACUGUGUUCUUGUUGUUGUUUAACAGUUAGCCUCACUGUAAAAGAUGUGCAUUUUGAACUGGAACAUAUUUUGUGGAUGGAUGAUUAGAAAAACACAGAGCACUACUGAUGCAGAGCUCAGUAUUUUUCACAACUUGCCUAUACUUUAAAUUGUGACUGAUUGGAGUUCAUAUCUCUCUCUCUCUCUCUCUCUCUCUCUCUCUCUCUCACUCUCACUCUAUAUAUAUAUAUAUAUAUAUAUAUAUAUACACACACACACACACACACACACACAGUGGUUACGGAAAGUUUCAGACCCCCUUAAAUGUUUCACUCUUUGUUAUAUUGCAGCCAUUUGUUAAAUUCAUUUAAGUUAAUUUUUCCCCUCAUUAAUGUACACACAGCACCCCAUAUUGACAGGAAAAAAACAAUUGUUGAAAUUUUCGCUGAUUUAUUAAAAAAGAAAAACUGAAAUAUCAUACAGCCAUAAGUAUUCAGACCCUUUGCUGUGACAGUCAUAUAUUGAACUCGGGUGCUGUCCAUUUCUUCUGAUCAUCCUUGAUGGUCCUACACCUUCAUUGGAGUCCAGCUGUGCUUGAUUAUACUGAUUGGACUUGAUUAGCAAAGCCACACACCUGUCUAUAUAAGACCUUACAGCUCACAGUGCAUGUCAGAGCAAAUGAGAAUCAUGGGGUCAAAGGAACUGCCUGAAGAGCUCAGCGACAGAAUUGUGGCAAGGCACAGAUCUGGCCAAGCUUACAAAAACAUUUCUGCUGCACUUAAGGUUCCUAAGAGCACAGUGGCCUCCAUAAUCCUGAAAUGGAAGACGUUUGUGACGAUCAGAACCCUUCCUAGAACUGUCCAUCCAGCCAAACUGAGCAAUUGGGGGAGAAGAGCCUUGGUAAGAGACGUAAACAAGAACCCCAAGAUCGCUGUGGCUGAGCUCCAGAGAUGCAGUCGGGAGAUGGGAGAAAGUUCUAGAAAGUCAACCAUCACUGCAGCCCUGCACCAGUCCGGGCUUUAUGGCAGAGUGGCCUGAGGAAGCCUCUCCUCAGUGGAAGACACAUGAAAGCCCGCAAGGAGUUUGCUAAAAAAAAAAACACUUGAAGUACGCCAAGAUGAUGAGAAAUAAGAUUCUCUGGUCUGAUGAGACCAAUAUAGAAAUUGUUGGCCUUAAUUCUAAGUGGCAUGGGUGGAGAAAACCAGACACUGCUCAUCACUUGUCCAAUACAGUCCCAACAGUGAAGCAUGGUGGUGGCAGCAUCAUGCUGUGGGGGUGUUUUUCAGCUACAGGGACAGGGAGACUGGUUGCAAUCGAAGAAAAGAUGAAUGUGGAUGUCCUGGACGAAAACCUUCUCCAGGGUGCUCAGGACCUCAGACUGGACAUAAGGUUCACCUUCAAAAAAGACAAUGACCCUAAGCACACAGCUAAAAUACCGAAGGAGUGGCUUCAGAACAACUCUGUGACUGUUUUUCAAUGGCCCAGCCAGAGCCCUGACUUAAACCCAAUUGAGCAUUUCUGGAAAGACCUGAAAAUGGCUGCCCACCAACGUUCACCAUCCAACCUGACAGAACUGGAGAGGAUCUGCAAGGAGGAAUGGCAGAUGAUCCCCAAAUCCAGGUGUGAAAAACUUGUUGCAUCAUUCCCAAAAAGACUCACGGCUGUAUUAGCUCAAAAGGGUGCUUCUACUAAAUACUGAGCAAAGGGUCUGAAUACUUAUGGCUGUGUGAUAUUUCAGUUUUUCUUUUUUAAUAAAUCUGCAAAAAUUUCAACAAUUCUGUUUUUUUUUUGACAAUAUGGGGUGCUGUGUCUACAUUAAUGUGGGAAAAAUGAACUUAAAUGAUUUUAGCAAAUGGCUGCAAUAUAAAAAAGAGUGAGAAAUUUAAGGGGCUCUGAAUGCUUUCCGUACCCACUGUGUGUGUGUGUGUGUCUGUGUAUAUAAUAUAUAUAUAUAUAGAGAGAGAGAGAGAGAUUUUGGUUCUGAAUGCAGCUGCCUUACAUUUUUCGCUAAGGUUUGUAAUUGUCGAAUAACAGUGAUGAUGAUAAUAAUAGUAGUUUAAUAACAGUAAUGGUUACUGUACAGUACAUGGGUGCUGGUGCAGUAGGUUUCACGUCUGUCUAAUUUACAUUGCACAGUGAGCAAGGAAGGGUACAGUGCUUUUGCACAGUUGCUCCCAGAGGAGGCAUUUGCAUAUAUAUGAUAGGAGCAACAUGCUAUGCUUGCACAGUUACACAAAUGGGAUUUAGGUAGAAAUACAGUUUAUUUUGAAAACAACUUGCUAUAAGUGUUCUACGUUCUUCUCAGCCUCAUUAGUUUUUUUAAAAGAAGUCUCAUCCUCAUCCUGUACACACACACGACAUGCCUCAGAAUGCUUCAACUUCCCACAAACCUCACUAUCGUUCAGAACCAUGUGUAUACUGUACAUGUACUGUAUCUGAGCGUUUAUGUGUAAUGGAUGCUGGAUCAGGGGGUGCGUUGCUGUGUUUCUCAAUGCUGACUUGCUCGUGCUCUCUACUGCUGCAUUCAUUUACUACUACCUUAUUCAAAGAAUGCCCUUACCUGUUUGUACCUGGUAGCUUCUUAUACAGGUAUAUGCACAUGAGACAUUCUGUCUGUUGUUAACUUAGUGUGCAACUACAGAAAACGCAUAUUGGGUUUAGACAUGCACUGUACAGAAAUUGAAGGUCAAACUGCAACAUAGUCAAGUGUGUCUAAAAAGUGUUUCUGUAGUGUAUAGCCAAUAAAAGCCAAAUUGCCUCACUCAUUUGCUCAGUGAGUUGUAGUUAGUGACUAUAUUUCUUUAUAAAUCCUCCUCACAUCCCAUGUAAACCGAUUGGAGAAUUUUCGAUUUAGUGCAGCGGUAAGGUAACUUUUUUCCCCACCACAAAUUACAAGUCGUAAACACCAUGAACAACCAUGCUACAGUGCGAAUGCAAAGUCAUUUACUAUUCAAUAUUUCCUCAAAUAAAGGGCAUGAACUGUGAAUGUGUCUUUUGAAAGUAUUCGACUAAAACUGUUUAAAUUCAUUUGAUUCCAACUGGCUGACUGAAAUAUUCUGUUGAAAGGUUUGUGACGUCCCAUGCUUGUUGUAUCCAUGUCAAACUUUAUAUAUCGAAUCCAUAAUAAUGCCACAACUCCACAAAUCUAUGCAUAAAUUCUCAUCUUCUUAGAAUGUCUUGUAUUGAUGCCGCAUGGAUACUUAGCCAGUAAACCCGGAGCAUACAUGUCACAAAAAGACUGUGCUGAACUGUGGAGGUUUGGACUCCUUUAUUUAAAAUUGUCUCAAGGGCUUCUUUCUCCCUUGAACACUAUAAAAUGAAAGUGUGGUUGGAAUUUGUAAAAAAUGUUGGCUGUUUAGCUAUUUAAGAUGUAUGUACUCUUUAAAAAACAUGUCAAAUGUAUUACAGGGCAGGAAUAAAGAUGUUAAGGUAAACGUG